UGCUUUGGGCUGGAAUUAGUAAUAAUUUUUCUUUCUCUUAUAGCACUGAACAAGAUUUGUGAUGAAAUGGAGCCUGGAACAAACUCUUUUCGAGUAGAAUUUCCUGAUUUUUCCAGCACCAUUUUACAGAAAUUGAACCAGCAGCGCCAACAAGGACAAUUAUGUGAUGUCUCCAUUGUUGUCCAAGGGCACAUUUUCCGGGCACAUAAAGCUGUUCUUGCUGCCAGUUCCCCCUACUUUUGUGACCAGGUACUCUUGAAAAACAGCAGGAGGAUUGUUUUACCUGAUGUGAUGAACCCAAGAGUGUUUGAGAACAUUCUUCUAUCUAGUUACACAGGCCGUCUAGUAAUGCCUGCCCCAGAAAUUGUUAGUUACUUAACAGCAGCAAGCUUCCUCCAGAUGUGGCAUGUGGUGGACAAGUGUACUGAGGUUUUAGAGGGAAACCCCACAGUCCUUUGUCAAAAGCUAAAUCAUAGCAGCGACCAUCAAUCUCCAAGCAGCAGCAGCUAUAACGGUCUGGUAGAGAGCUUUGAGCUGGGCUCUGGGGGAAAUGCUGAUUUCCCCAAAGCUCAGGAAUUGAGGGAUGGAGAAAAUGAAGAGGAGAGUACCAAAGAUGAAUUGUCAUCUCAGCUCACCGAGCACGAAUACCUUCCCAGCAACUCAUCUACAGAGCAUGACCGGCUGAGCACUGAGAUGGCCAGCCAGGAUGGGGAGGAGGGGGCCAGUGACAGUGCCGAUUUCCACUACACCCGACCCAUAUACAGCAAGCCCAGCAUAAUGGCUCAUAAACGCUGGAUCCAUGUGAAGCCUGAGCGCUUUGAACAGGCUUGCGAGGGCAUGGAUAUGCACGCCACUUAUGAUGAGCACCAGGUCACUGAGUCCAUCAAUACCAUGCAGACAGAACACUCAAUCCAGCCUUCAGGAGUAGAAGAGGACUUCCACAUCGGGGAGAAAAAAGUAGAAGCAGAGUUUGAUGAUCAGGCUGAGGAAGGCAAUUAUGAUGAACAGGUGGAUUUCUAUGGGUCUUCCAUGGAAGAGUUUUCUGGAGAGAGGUCAGAUGGGAAUCUAGCUGGGCACAGACAAGAGGCUUCCUUAUCAACAGGCUAUAAUGAGAAUAUCGAAAUGGUAGCAGGAAUUAAAGAAGAAGCUUCCCACUUAGGAUUUUCAGCCACUGACAAACUGUAUCCUUGUCAGUGUGGGAAAAGCUUUACUCACAAGAGUCAGAGAGAUCGACACAUGAGCAUGCACCUCGGUCUCCGGCCUUAUGGCUGUGGUGUCUGUGGUAAGAAAUUCAAAAUGAAACAUCAUCUUGUAGGACACAUGAAAAUUCACACGGGCAUAAAGCCAUACGAGUGUAAUAUCUGUUCAAAGAGAUUUAUGUGGAGGGACAGUUUCCACAGGCACGUGACUUCUUGUACCAAGUCCUAUGAAGCUGCAAAGGCUGAGCAGACUACAACUGAGGCUAACUAA